UGGCAGGCGGCUGUAGCACAUCGAUAUCAGCAUCUUCUAAAACUAUAUACACUUUGUAAAACUGUUCGACGUCUUUAUGAAUGUGUUUGAGGUCCCGGCCCUCUUGUUGGGCCGUGUGGAUUGUUUGCUGUGUGCGUGGGAAUCGGCUCCAAACUGCGCUCUCUUGCCUGGCGGUGUUUGGUUGACAUUGUCACCGCAGCCAGUUCCUUGCUUUCGGCCGCGCUCUCUUGCACUGUCUCCUGAACUCUUCGAUACUUUCACCAGAAACACUGACAUCAUUAUUUCCGUUUCCGUCAUGAGAGUGGAGCAGUGGAAGGAUGCUGUGUGUAAGAGUACAGUAGCUUGGCGCUUAGACAUUGUUUUACGUGUGAGACGUUAUUAAAAUAAAUCGGUAACCUUAUAACAUAUUUCAUUCAGGGCAUCGUGUUGCCUAGCUCAAAACACACACGCAGUGUUAAUACAAUGUUGCAUUCAUCAUGACUUGCAAUACAUUUUGAACUUGAUGGUGUGCAUGUAUGGAUAUUAUUUAUGAUUAUUUAAACGCCUUGUGUUUUCGUGCAAUGGCUGCUUAAAUGUUAAAUUGAGAUCAUGCGGAAAGUAAAUUAUAUAGAGUGUGUUAACCGUAAAAUACCCAGAGCAGUCCGGCCGAAUCCGACGCAUUAACUGGCGCAUUGGUUCUGCGGUCGUCAGCUAUCUGGUUCUUUUGGCGAGUAGGAUGGAGGCAGCGGGCGAGGAAGCUGCAUCUGCGAGUGCUACCAGCUUGUCGGGCGAGUGGAAUUUAUUUGCUUGGACCGUGUUUGCGGUCAUCCUGCCGGUUCUGAUCACGCUGUGGUGCGGCGUGCAGCGGUCCAAGCGAAAGAUGGUCAUCAAGGACAUUCUGAGAAAAAGUAAGAAGCACGACUGGCACGACAGGGACCUGUUCAGCAAGCCCACUUGCUGCUGCGUCUGCUCGCAACACAUUCUCCAGGGCGCUAUCUGUCACUGCUGCGGGGUGUGCGUGGACGAGGCCUGCCUGCGGAAGGCAGACACGAGCCUGGCAUGCAAGGAGAUCAUGCGCCCCGCUCAGCGGGACGGCUCGCUGCCCCAUCACUGGGUCCGAGGGAACGUGCCCCUGUGUGCUUACUGCGCGGUUUGCAAACAGCAGUGUGGAUCUCAGCCGAAACUCUGCGAUUUCAGGUGUAUUUGGUGCCAGAGAACCGUUCAUGAUGACUGCAAGCCCAGCCUGUCGGACGGUGGGAAGUGUGAUUUGGGUGAAUUCAGGAACCUGAUCAUCCCCCCUCACUACCUGCACAGCAUAAACCAGCGACGCAGGGGCCCGAGUGAUGACUACGGGACGUUAGCCUCGAUGUGCGGCCCCAACUGGACUCCAGUAAUAGUGUUGGUCAACACCAGGAGCGGGAACAACAUGGGAGAGGAGCUGCUGGGGGAGUUUAAAACUCUCCUGAAUCCAGUCCAGGUGUUUGACCUGACUGAGCUGCCCCCGAUCAAAGCCCUGCAGCUGUGCACCGUCCUGCCCGCUGGCUCGGUGCGGGUGCUGGUGUGCGGGGGGGACGGCACGGUGGGCUGGGCGCUGGAUGCCGUGGACGAGAUGAAGAUAAAGGGGCAGGAGCAGUACGUGCCCCACGUCACAGUCUUACCCCUGGGAACAGGAAAUGACCUCUCCAACUCCCUGGGCUGGGGCGCCGGGUAUGCAGGGGAGAUUCCAGUGGAGCAGAUCCUGAGGAACAUCAUGGAAGCCGAGGCAGUCAAACUGGACCGGUGGAAGGUUCAGGUUACAAACAAAGGAUACAGCUUCCGAAAAACAAAGGUUCUGACGAUGAAUAACUACUUUUCCGUGGGCCCAGACGCUCUCAUGGCGCUGAAUUUCCAUGCACACCGAGAGAAGACCCCCUCGCUGUUCUCAAGCAGGAUCCUCAAUAAGGCGGUUUACUUUUUCUACGGGACCAAAGAUUGUUUAGUUCAAGAAUGCAAAGACUUGGACAAGUUCAUUGAGCUUGAACUGGAUGGGGAGAGAGUGGAGCUCCCGAAUCUGGAGGGGAUCAUCGUGCUCAAUAUCGGGUACUGGGGAGGAGGCUGCCGUCUGUGGGAAGGAAUGGGGGACGAGACGUACCCCCCCUCCAGGCUCGACGAUGGUUUACUGGAAGUUGUUGGAGUUUUUGGAUCGUUCCACUGUGCCCAGAUCCAGGUGAAGCUGGCUAACCCUGUGCGGAUAGGGCAGGCACACACAGUCCGGCUGAUCCUGAGAAGUGGCAAGAUGCCCAUGCAGGUGGACGGAGAGCCCUGGGCACAGGGGCCGUGCACCAUCACCAUCACGCACAAAACCAGGGCGCUGAUGCUGUACUCCCCUGGGGAGCAGACCGAUGAUGAAGAGGACGAUUCCACCAGCGCCUCCGAGCCAGAGCUGAGCGACCAAGAGGACUAGCACUGCCCCGGCCAUUGCCGUGCAACGGGCUUGUAUAGACAGCUGGGUUACUGGAGUGUGUGAUAGAGCAGGAACACGUCUCUAUACAUUGCAGUGAGCUGACCAGGCUUUCACACACACUCUACUCCCAGCAUUUUAUUCCAGUAUUUAAACAACUUUGUUGCUUUCCAGGGCUUGGGUUCCAGCUAGCAAUCAAGCUGGCAUUUUGACAAGCAGUGGUAAACAUGUGGCACUGUAAUACAAAGUAGGUCUCGGUUAUUUCAUACAAUAACCAUUUUGUUGCACUAGCAGUUCCCUCACUGGGGUAUGUGGUGUUUUUGAUUUUAUGAUCAGCUGCAUAGUUGAAAUAUCGGUUGCAAUGCCCCUUUGAUCAGAAAUCCCAGUCUUACUUUGGACUUUUUAAUUUAGCUUUUUAACUGGAAUUUACAAUGAUCCGAUUUUGAGUAGGCAAAUACAAAUAGUAACGAUCAGAACCAAAAUCACCAUGAAAAACAUGUAUAUUAUAAUAAUUAGAAGUUUUCACUUUCCACUGAAAAUGCUUGUUCACUUGAAGCUGACAGACUAUUAUAGUUACACUAUAUUUGAAGAGCUACUUUAGCAGCAGUGCAGACAUAAAAAUAAACAUUGUAGAAGACAGGCUAAACAAACGCUCGAACAAACACUCUGUCCUGUGGGCUUAGGUGGUCUGAUCUGAGAAUAUAAAGCCUUCAUGAACGAGGCAUUGACCAAAUCCAUUGACACUGGAAAUACAGUUUAGACUGCAGUUGUAUUAAAAGUUCAGUACUUGCACCACACAGACAGACACUUCAUGUUGAGUUUACUAGGGCAGUACUGCUGCUGCUGAAGUGGAGUCAGCUGUAAUUAAUUCAGAACACUGUCUUCUCCUAGCUCCAGUGAGUGUGUCAGCUUUGCUGUUGUUCGUUGCUCUGUCGUGAUUGGACAGUAGGAAUAAUCUACACAGACAUAGAAGAUGUUUACUAAAUCAAAAGUAUUUUAUAGUUUUUUUUUUCUUUCUUUCUUAACCUAAACAGCCAAAAAAGUCACCCCAUAUUGUCAGGGUUUACUCGUGAGUGUCAUGGCAUUUCCUGAUUGAGAGGUGCUCUGUGUGAGAGGGGGGGUGGCUCUCUGACUGCGUGCCUGCAGUGGUACCCCUCUGGGAAUACACGCCGCUUCCCCGGUGCAAAUACAAAACAGUGACGUGCUUAUUUCUUAAACUUCAUUAUUUAUGCUGUGUGCUGUGUUUGCAUUAAGGACACAGAUUACACUCUGAGGAGGUCGCAUAUUGUGGUGCUUUUACCCAGAUUUGAAGAUUACCCAAUUAACAGGCACUAGGACCUAGUGUAGCACGGCUGCACCUCCGGUUAUAAUGUGAAAACAUUCCCGUGUGAAACAUCUCGGACCAAAGUGUAAAUUGUAUUCAGCAGAAGCAAUGUAACUUUAGUGAAGACGUUACUACAGGUAGGGACAGCAUAACUGCGCUAGUUUUUUAUUUUUUUUUCCAAUACCUGUAGACGUGUAAGUUAAUUCAAUAGCAGCUUUUCAAGGGGUAAAGUAAAGCUCUUCAGCGGUCCUUUAUUAAACGUGUCUAUGUGCUGUAUUGUGUGCCUUUUGUAAGGAGUGGCCUCUUCAGUUGUUUCCUGGAUUCAGCUCCUCUGUGUGCUCCUUAGAUUGAUUAAGCUUGGUGUGCACUACACACUGCUACCUGUAGGUGGCGCCCCAGCCAGGUCACACUGGGGGUGCUGGAAAGAGGCCAGAAUCAGUCUUGUGAUGUGGUUUGAUCUUAGUUUUUUUGUCUCUGUGGUUCUUGUAAAUGUUUACCUGGGUUGACCUUGCACUUUAUUAAUUAUUAAUUUUACCAGGCAAGCUUUUGCAUUGCAAUAUCCUCUUAUGUACAUGAAAACAAAUGCAUCACUUUUAGGAAAAAGAUCGUUUUAAAUGCAUUGAAAAUUGAUUUGGAAGUCAAGGCUGAGCAGACUGUUUAAGUCCUGACAGUUUGUCACUGAUCAUGAAAAACACAUUGAAUUCAAAGGAAUUGGCACAGGACUGAAAACAAUGGUGUCUCCCAUUGAGUUUGCAGAGUUCCUUGACUUGUACCUUUGCACAUAGCAACAGGCAGAGACAAAAAGAAAAAAUAUAUUUUAGCCUUAUUUACACUGAACAAGGUGUUUGGGACUAAACAUGCUAUUUUUUUAAAACUCAAAUUGUGUAUAUGCAUUACAUUAAGAGGGGUUUAUUACCCAGGAUAAGGGUAGUGGUAAUAUGUAUUUAUUGUAUAUGUGUAUUAUUUGUUUCCAAAGUGUCUAAUUUAAAAAUGAACGCAAAUUCAUUUUCAAACGAGGCACUUUGGAACCUCGUGGAAUGAACGUUCUAUUCUGAUGACGUGAUGUCAUCAUGCUCCAGCACUUUUGAAAGAGCUUUCAUAAACGCAGCUUGUUUUCAGCAGUGCUUUUGUAAUAUGUAUUUUUUUUUUAAUCAGUUUGUUCCCAUUUUGAUGGACAUUUUACCCUUUUCUUUUAGAGUUGCUUUUUUUUCCUGUAUUGCUUUUGUGUUGUUGACUUCUGUCUGCUUGCGUGUUUCCUUGUAUAAAACUGUUGUAGCUUAUUGUUUGAGUAAGUGUAAAAGCUUAGGCGACUGUGUUUGGUUUACUGCUGAGGUGGCUGGCUGGCUGGCUGAUUGUCAGUAAUGUAGACGCUGUUGUAACUACAGGAGCAAACCCACUCGUCAAACACGUGCGCCUGCGCGUCUCUGCUUGUUGCAUAGUGCGAAGCAUGCUUAUUUAUAAUGUGUUUGUGCGCUGUAUUAUUUUGUUUACAGUUUUACAAAAUGAGUGGAAAUGGGACGUUUUGUUUUUCAGUUUUGAUUGCGUUUGUGUUUGUUUGUAUGCACCGGAGUCCAGUCGCACACGUUCGCUUGCGCACGAACUGUGACAUGGCAACGCACUGAAUUUGUUGGCAGUGGAUCGAGUACUUGCUUUCAGGGUAGAGCUUGCUGUUAUGUGCAUUCCCCAGUUACAGUUUUUCCAGUUACAGUGACAUUGUGUUCAGUUCCAAUUGAACACAAUAGCGCAAUUACAAUUAUGCUGCAGUAAUUACAAUUCUAAUUAACAGUUAUACUAAUAAGUAACGCACACAACUACAGACGUUAACAUCUUUACUAUUUUUUAUUAUAAAUACCACAGCAGAUUCAAGUACACAAACAUAGAACUAGAACUUAUUUUUUCAAACAAACGGGUAACAUUGUUUUGUUUUGUGACUCAAAGCUGUAAUAAAACGAGACCUUCUGAUCACA